AUGGCCACUCUCGAUGCUCUAAAGCGGGCUCUUAGACAAAAAGCUACUUCCCCGAAGCAGCCCCUGUCCGACGAACAAUAUAGCGCUGGCUUUGACAUCCUGCUCCAGGGCCCCGGAUGGAAGACGUACCAAGACUUUAUUUCCCCCCAGCUAUCCCAAGUGCUGACUACUCUGCUCAACUCGCGAAUCCGCAUCUCGGUGUUGGAGAUAGGGCCUGGCCCCAAGAGCGUGCUUGGGUAUUUGCCGGAUGACCAAAGACGCAAGAUCAACAGGUACGCUGCGUUCGAACCAAAUGGCUUAUAUGCCACUGAAUUGCAAGAAUGGCUGGAGACACAAUCUCCGCUCCCUUGUCUGGAAAGCCUGCCCGACAUCUAUCGAGCGCCUUUUACUCUGGACAGCACCGUCACCGAUGCAAAUGAUGCCCAAGAAAAGUUCGACGUCGUCCUCUUCUGCCACAGUAUGUAUGGGAUGACACCCAAGCGCAGCUUCAUCGAACGGGCACUAGAAAUGCUGGCUGUGCAACCCGAAGGCGGGGUAGUGGUGGUCUUCCAUCGUGAUGGUGUGUACUUUGAUGGUCUGGUGUGCCAUGAAACGGCUUCAUUCCCUUCCGGGACUAUUCGUGUUGCAGAUGAUGAUGGGAUACUGAACUUUUUUUCCUCCUUCGUCGCGGGCUUUGUCAUGCAAGACAAAGACGCGGACGAGGCUAUCCACGUCGAAUGGCGCAAGGUGUGUUGCGACUUGGGUCGCCGUCAGGAAGCCCACCCAGGUCAUCUCUUCUUCAGCGCACCCGAGGUUAUGAUGGCGUUCAAUCAUCGUGCCACAAUGUUGCCGGAGCUGACAGCGCAAGUGCUAUUGGUGAAAGAGGACAGGACUGUGAAGAACUGGGAGGCUCGGUCCCACCGUCCCGCUUCAAUUCUCAGGCCGGCGACGAUCCAACAUGUCCAGAAAUGCGUUCAAUGGGCUUUGAAGCACGGAGUUGCUUUGACUGUCAUCGGUGGAAGUCAUAGUGGCCACUGUCUUUGGCCCAACGUUGUCGCAGUUGACAUGGAAGCUUUUGAUCAAGUACAUGUUCAAGCUCCUGGAGAUAAUGGGACAGACUACGGCUUCAAUUCCGGCUCCUUGAUUAUCGCCGAGGCAGGAUGCAAGACGGGAGAUAUCAUUCGUGCUGCCAUGGCGGCCGGUUUGACCGUGCCUCUCGGAGCUCGUCCAAGCGUGGGCGCUGGGUUAUGGUUACAAGGCGGCCUUGGGCAUCUCGCCAGGCUUCAUGGUCUUGCAUGUGAUUCCGUUGUCGGCUUCACAAUGGUGAGCGUUGAUUCGGCCCAGAUCCUGUGUGUCGGACAUGUACCAAGUGAAUAUUGGCCGACCAGUGGUGUGCGCCCGGAAAACGAAGCCGAAUUGCUAUGGGCAAUGAAAGGUGCUGGAAGCAACUUUGGCAUCGUGAUGAGCGUCAUUUUCAAAUCGUACCCGGCUCCGGUCUAUACGGUUCGAAAUUGGAUUGUCCCACUGGAUGAUGAGUUUGAAGCGCGGCGUAGACUCACCGAGUUUGAUGGGCUCCUCGCCAGAGGCCUCCCUCGCAACUGUUCUGCAGAUGCGUAUCUGUAUUGGGAUGCUGGACGGUUGCAGCUUGGCAUUACCACGAUUGAAGCUUGCAGAACGAAAUCGGCCUCGGGAACUCCCACACUUGCCGGUACAAUUCUGGGACCAGAAUGCAAUAUCAAGGUCGUAGACAGCGUUGGCUUGUUUGACGCCGAAAUGUACGUGUCCGGAAUGCAUGGAGGACAUGGAGGCGGCAAAACGUCGUCGUUCAAGCGGUGUCUCUUCUUGAAAGAUAUUGGAGCUGCAAACGUGGCCGCAAUCUUAAUAGCAGCAAUCGAAUCUCGUCCCACGGCCCUCUGCUAUCUCCAUCUGCUGCAGGGCGGCGGAGCGGUUGUCGAUGUGGCCCCCGAUGCUACGGCUUUCGGCUGUCGUGACUGGGACUUUGCCUGCGUUGUCACCGGCGUCUGGCCUCGUCACCAAGACGGAACCGAAACUGCUCAAGCUGCUAUGGAGUGGGUUUAUCAUGUCGCCCGGACUCUGUUGCCCCUGGCGAGCGGAGUUUACGGUGCAGAUCUCGGACCGGAUCCCAGAGAUGCCGAUCUGGCGGAGAAGACUUUCGGUCCAAACCGGCCGCGUUUGGCUCGUCUCAAACGACGUGCAGACCCAUGCAAGGUGCUGGCUUAUACCUGCCCACUCCCAGAGGCACUGAUGGGACCGAAGCUCAUCGUUCUUGUCACGGGAGAACAUGGUGCCGGCAAGGACUAUUGCGCCGAUGUUUGGGCAUCCGUAUUCAAUACAAGUUCUCCCAACACCCUUAAGGCACAGGUGGUUAGCAUUAGCGAUGUAACCAAGCGAGAAUACGCGGCAGUCACUGGAGCUGACCUGACUGCUCUACUCCAAGAUCGUGCUUACAAGGAGCAACACCGGCCAGCCUUGACGGCAUUCUUCCAAGACCAAGUGCGGCAACGACCUCGGCUGCCAGAGGAGCAUUUUCUGAAUGUAGUGCAUGGCGCUGUGGACGUGGACGUGCUGUUGAUCACCGGGAUGAGAGACGAGGCUCCAGUUGCAGCUCUGUCACAUCUGGUGCCAGACAGCAGAGUGAUCGAAGCUCGUGUCAGAUCGAGAGAAGAGGCGCGGCAGGCUCGUGGAGAUUGUCAAAUCAAUGAUAGAGUUGUUGAUCAGAAUAAGGACGACACCAAUGGCACCACCAAUGGCGGGCGAGACUCAGACUGGUGCCCGAAUCUCAUCUUCUACAACGACACGCCUGGAAGUGAGAUGGCAGAAGAGUAUGGUCAACGUCGUUUGCUUCCCUUCUUUAGCGAGGACCUGCAGCAGCUGGCCAACAUGGUGCGUUCGGUGCCCGACUUCCCACGCCCAGGUAUCGAGUUUCGCCACCUGCUCGACAUCUCCCAGCAGCCGGGAGGAUUGAAGCUGUGUGUGUCUCUGUUUCGGGGCCAUUUUGCUGCUGACUGGAACAAGAUCGGAGCAGUGGUUUGUUGCGAGGCUGGAGGCUUCAUCUUUGCGUCGGCGCUGGCGUCACAGACAGAUGUACCCCUGGUGCUGAUUCGUGAAGCCGGCAAGCUCCCGCCGCCCGUCGUUUCUGUUGUCAAGAGGCCGUCGCACAUUUCGCAUUCAACAGCUGGCAGUUCAAGAGAGAAGAAGAUGGAGAUGGAGCGGGAUGUGAUCCGCAGAGGUGCAUCUGUGCUAGUGGUGGACGAUGUCCUUGCCACGGGGGAGACGCUUUGUGCUGUUGUGCAGCUGCUGGUGGAAGCUGGAGUCAGCGCUGAUGAUAUCAGUGUCAUGGUCGUGGCAGAAUUUCCUCUUCAUCGUGGCCGGGAACUGAUGCGCAGUUGUGGUUUUGGAAGAGUCGGUAUUCAAAACCUUUUGGUCUUUGGGGGUGUUUAG